AUGUUGUUCUCUUGCGAUACCUUUUUGGAGUGCUAUACAACAUUGAGCAACAUUCCUCAUCCAAUCAGAUGACAGCUUAUAAUUUAUCCGUUUGUAUGGCCCCAAACGUUCUUUACCCACCUGAUUCCGGCACCUUGGAAUUGGAAUACAACUUGAUAAGAAAGAUUUGUUUUGUACAAUUUCUCAUUGAAAAUUGCCUCAGGAUAUUUGGAGAAGACAUCACUUCCCUCUUGGGCGAGAACUCAAUGAGUCGUGCUAACAGCGAGAAGGCUGCAGACUCCGGCCCUAUGACUGUGACAAGCCGUUCUUUCAGAGCCAGGGCCUUUUGUCGGGGUUGCAGCACUUGCAGGCACACCCAGUGCACAGCCCCACCUUCCGCAAAGCCAGUACAGCUCUUUGGAGUUUCGCUCAUGGAUAUGUGUUAUAAAGACAACCUUCCCUUCCCAAUUCUGGAUAUGCUUUCCUUUAUUAAUCAAAAAGGGCCCCUCACAGAAGGCAUAUUCAGCAAAUCAGCCAAUAUAAAAUCCUGCAUGGUCCUAAAGGAGAAACUAAAUUCUGGGGUCAAAGUGAACCCGUACAGCGAAUCUGUUCAUGUGGUCGCAUCCGUCUUAAAGGUAGGGAAGGUUCUAGCAUUAUCCACACACGAGUAACUGAAGCUAUGAGGCACACUUUAGUCCUUCAACAAGACUCCUCAAGAACCAUAAAGGGCAUAAUAGAUUAAGAACCUGACAAGCUAAAAAACCCUUGAGAAAAUCAAAAUUUAAGGAAGCUACUUUAGGAUUUAAAAGCCCCAUGUAUUAGAAAUACUUUGUUUUCACUACACACCGCCCUCCCCACUUUCACUCCUAAAGACUCCAUGCAAAAUACUAAUACUGAAAUGACUACUAGUCAUGAUAAUAAAUUUCAAAAUACGCACCGAUACAUACACACUGUUUACCCAUGCAAACAUCCUCACCCCCCUCCUAAUGAAGGCAAACUUUCCAAAAGAAAUAGAACAGGGAAAGAAUUUAAUCCAUCCACCUUGGCACUUAUGUACAGCUCUGAACAACCCUAUGUUAACGUAGUAAUGACUACAGUCGUAGAAUCUCAGUCACAUUUCGUCUUCCCUUGUCCCCCGUUAAUGUUCGAAGAUGUGAUCAAUAGCAAAGUCCAGAAAUGACUUAGGUAACCACUCCUACACUGCGGUCAUAGUGAUAUCCAGUAGUAAUAUACAUAUAGGCAUCAGGAGACAGGAGAGGAAUGAUGAUACACUAGGUAGCAAGAUGAGUGUUGCCCUCUGUAAGGUGUACACAUGGAAUCCAUUUUCUAGCAAGAGUUAGGAGGUUCUUUCCUGAUUCCGUGUUAUAAGCACCGACUAGGAAGAGGGUGAGCACUUGUGGGGAGAGUGCUUAGACAUUUCUAAACUUUUCUCUUCUUGAAGUUGACGGAUCUUGGUGGAGAAUGAGACUCUGCAACCUUGGCCUUGAUACUAUCAUGGCAAACUAACUGGAUAUUGUCCUAAACUAGAAAUGAAUCUAUCCUCAGGACCACAGUGAGUCUGCCAUUGGACUCUCGACUUUUAGACAGUUAAGAAAAGGAAGAAUGAAGCAAUUGUGAGAGUAGCUUUCUUCCAGGGAGCACGCAUACCCCGAGUGAGAAGACCUACUUCUUUCCUAAUAUGUGUGCCAGAGCCCACCUGUUUGUGUUUUGAUUGUUUCAGGCCUUUUCUUGCUAGAAUUAAGAGCUAGCAGUGUGCCUAAAACAAGCAACAUGGGUAUGUGUAUUUCUGUCCAAGAAGCUAAUAGGAUUUAGGAUGGUCUAUAGCCAGACGCUGUCAGUUUGUGGUACUUUGCAAAAAAAGCACACAUACAAAAUAAGUUCCAGAUGAUACAAGGGAGCUUUAUCUUCAUUUCCACCACAGGCUAAGCUCUGCUUUUAUGCCUCUAAGUUUUAGCGGGAGAAAAUCCAAGCACCUGCUCCUGCGUGUGCAAGUCAAUGGAGAGUCAGAGCCGAGCUCCGUGUGGGUCCCAGUUUGGGUAUCUGUGAAGGAAGUGGGGGCUGAACUGAAUUUUUUAACUACAUAUUUUCUCUAGAAUAUUUCCAA